AUGUCUCGACGAGGCAAGCCUAAGCAGCAAACCAAGCCGCCCGGCGAUGAAAACAACGUCCCAGAGUUUAUCGACUACCGUCUGGGGGAUUCUGCAGUGCUUUGUGUUGUACCCAUUCAAGUCUGUACGAAAGAUGAAACAACUGGUAAACUCGUCCCUGUUACUAGCCGGAAGUUACGACGCGACGCAAUCACCGAGUAUUUAAAUAGGCUUGCGUCUAAUAAGAACAUCGCUCUACAUCUAGCCCAGAAGACCAUCAAAGCAGAAGGAGAUAGCGAUGAGGAAACAUUUCCGGAUGACCAGCUGAUUUUGUUUGGAUCGGACAAGACUGAUCUCCUUAAGGUCUCUAAAGACACCUACAGUACUUUGCAAAACCGGCCUCACCCUUUGCGCACUCUCAGCUUUGACAGAAUCCCUGUUGUACUAGGAUAG